UUCGAAAGUGUUUCCACAGAGAGAGAGAGAGAGAGAGAGAAUUGACGAACUGUACUAUCCAAGGAGGAAACCAAUCAACCAUUCAAACAUGAAUGAGAAGGCAUCCGUAUCCAAGGAGCUUAACGCCAAGCACACCAAGAUAUUGGAGGGUCUUCUCAAGCUGCCAGAAAAUAGGGCAUGUGCAGAUUGUCGGAGCAAGGCUCCACGAUGGGCUAGUGUGAACCUGGGGAUAUUUAUAUGCUUGCAAUGUUCAGGAUUACAUCGGAGUCUUGGUGUUCAUAUCUCAAAGGUACGAUCUACAACUUUGGACACAUGGCUACCGGAGCAGGUUGCUUUUAUGAAGUCAAUGGGUAAUGAGAAGGCUAAUAGAUACUGGGAAGCGGAGUUGCCACCAGAUUUUGACAGAAGCAGAAUUGAGAGCUUCAUCCGUGCCAAAUAUGAGGAGAAAAAAUGGAUACCAAGGAAAGCAACAAAUCCGUAUCUUGUCCUGGGAGAAGACAACUCAAAAUUUGACAAACUAGUCAAUAACGGAGCAAGAACUGGCUUACCAAAGAAAACCAGAAGGUUUUCUCUUGACGAGGAGAUCCUCACUAAGCACAUGUCACAAGUAGCUCUUGAAACAAGACCUCGUGGGGGUUCUUUAGAUAUGACAAAUGAAGUUGGUUAUUUACCUCCACCAAGGGGCUCAGUUCCUGAACACAAUACCACUAAACAGAAGGGUAACAGUACUGCAGAUCUCUUCAGCUCACUAUAUAUCAAGGACUCAGAGCAGGAUCAUUCUACGGUCCCUUCCAGUUGGGCGACAUUUGAGUGAGGAAGUCCUUUUAUUGAGCUUGCAAGAUUUACUAUCUGUUGGGAGUAAAAGUUGUUGCGGUCAGAGACAGAAAUUUUGAAGAUGACUCAUUACUGUAUGCUGCUUCAAUUUGAUUUUUGCAUUCAUUGCUCAACCUCAUAUUUUGUAGGAAGCAUUUGCCAUAUGAAUAAGUAUUCAAGUUAAGUUUUUCCUUUCUGUUCUUUCUGGUCAACUUGAAUCAUUUUCAAAUCAGAAGCAAAUGUCAGAUAAGGAUGCAUGGCUGCUGCAAUAUGGGACCAUAGCGUGUGUCAUUAUUAGAACAUUAGAAGGUAUCAUCCACAUAAGAAUGUUACCUGAUGGACAAUCCAAAAAUUUAAACCCUCUUGAACAUGACCAGAAUGUUCCCUCACCUCACCUUAACAUGCUCCUAUGGGUGAACUAAAAAUGCAUAAACUCAAGCCUAUUUGUACGGACACCUACACAAAGCUUCUCCAUCCUGACAAUGGUGUCCAUUUAAGCUUUAGAGACGAAACCAAGGCUGUAUUAUGGCUCAAAAAACACACUUUACCUACAUAUUCUAUGCUUUUGCCUUUGAUGUUGCAAAUUAUGAUCCUGACUCUCAUCUGCUACCUCUGUCUCUGUUACUAACUUGUAUUUCUGGUUCUGCAGACAUAAAUUUGGAUAACCACCAGAGAGUAUCCAUCGGUUAAUACAGUAUCUUUCUUAUUUCAUGGAAGGCUAAAUGCGAAACUACAGAAAGGGCCAAGUUCUUAUAUGGAUUUUGAGGGCUGAUUUUAGUGUAGAAGCUUUUGAUUUGAUUGAUUUUUUAGGAAGAUGGGAGGGGUCAGUGUCUCAUCAUUUAUUUAUUGCAUUCUUUCUUUGAAUGGUUCAAAAUCAAUGUUCUUUGCCACUUAUCAGUCUUGCUUUGAUACAAGCAAAACAUCCUGUGGCCUUGUUUGUUGAUUUCUUGAUACUACUACUGUACAAAAUGUAUUCCAAGAGACCCCUCAUGGGCGGCGCGGUGGAGCCCCACCACUAGCGCCGGCGCCACCCAUGGACAUGGAGGAUCAAGCACUACUGCUACAAAAGUGGGGGGUAUGUGGCUGGC